AUGAGCCGACUUAGAGUAUAUCGCACUGAGGGCGUGGUUAUCAGGCAGAUGCCGCUGGGGGAGGCGGACCGCAUUCUGACGCUGUGCUCUCCGGAUAUGGGUAAGGUGCGGGCUGUGGCGAAGGGUGUGCGGCGCACGAGGAGCAGGCUGGGCGGGCACCUUGAACUGCUGAACCGCGUGUCGGUGUCGGUUGCGAUAGGCAGAAACCUCGAUACGAUUAGCGAGGCGUCCGCGAUCAGCACAUUCAGUGGCAUCCGAGCCGACCUGCGGCGGAUUUCUCGCGCUAUGUAUGUCGCUGAGCUGGUGGACUGCUUCUCGAUGGAGGGCAACGGCAACCAGGCGAUUACCAUUUGCUGCUCAGUACACUGCUCUGGCUGGAGCGCGCUGCCAAUCUCGAUCUGCUGA